GCUUCCCUAGGAUGGGCGGAGUGGUGGUUUCAGUGACGGACUGAAUACGGGUGCCGGGCAGGCUCUUGCGGAAGUCCAUGCGCCAUUGGGAGGGCCUCAGCGGCUUUUCUGUGCCCUUGUUACCGAGGCCUCUUCCUGGGUCAUUUUUAGAUCAAGAGCCGCACUGGGGCUGACACGGGGGCUCCCGCGAGGCCGUCUCGGCGCUUGGGUGACCUCUACGCCGGAGAGAUGUGGCGAAUGCGUCGGGUCGCCGUGGCCUGUGAAGUCUGCCAAUCCUUGGUGAAACAUAACUCUGGAAUAAAAGGAAGCUUACCACUCCAAAAACUGCAUCUGGUUUCACGAAGUAUUUAUUGUUCACAUCAUCCUACCUUAAAGCUUCAAAGACCCCAAUUAAGGACAUCAUUUCAACAGUUCUCUUCUCUGACAAACCUUCCUUUACGUAAAUUGAAACUUUCUCCAAUUAAAUAUGGCUACCAGCCCUGCAGGAAUUUUUGGCCAGCACGGUUAGCUGCAAGGCUCUUAAAACUUCGAUAUCUUAUACUGGGAUCUGCUGUUGGGGGUGGCUAUACAGCUAAAAAGACUUUUGAUCAGUGGAAAGAUAUGAUACCAGACCUUAGCGAUUAUAAAUGGAUUGUGCCUGACAUUGUAUGGGAAAUUGAUGAGUAUAUUGAUAUUGAGAAAAUUAGAAAAGCCCUUCCUAAUUCAGAAGACCUUGCAAAGUUAGCACCAGACAUUGACAAGAUUGUUGAAAGCCUCAGCUUAUUGAAGGACUUUUUCACCACAGGUCACAAAUUGGUUAGUGAAGUCAUAGAAGCUUCUGACCUACUUCUCUUGUUAGGUUCACCUGGAGAAACGGCAUUUAGAGCAACAGAUCGUGGAUCUGAAAGUGACAAGCAUUAUAGAAAGGGUCUGCUUGGUGAGCUCAUUCUCUUACAACAGCAAAUUCAAGAGCAUGAAGAAGAAGCACGCAGAGCUGCUGGCCAGUAUAGCACGAGCUAUGCCCAACAGAAGCGCAAGGUGUCAGACAAAGAGAAAAUUGACCAACUUCAAGAAGAACUUCUGCAUACUCAGCUAAAGUAUCAGAGAAUCUUGGAACGUUUAGAAAAGGAGAACAAAGAAUUGAGAAAAUUAGUAUUGCAGAAAGACGAUAAAGGCAUCCAUCAUAGAAAGCUGAAGAAAUCUUUGAUUGAUAUGUAUUCAGAAGUUCUUGAUGUUCUCUCUGAUUAUGAUGCCAGUUAUAAUACACAAGAUCAUCUACCACGGGUUGUUGUGGUUGGAGAUCAGAGUGCUGGAAAAACAAGUGUGUUGGAAAUGAUUGCUCAAGCACGAAUAUUCCCUCGAGGAUCUGGAGAGAUGAUGACACGUUCUCCAGUGAAGGUGACUCUAAGUGAAGGUCCUCACCAUGUAGCCUUGUUUAAGGAUAGUUCUCGGGAGUUUGAUCUUACCAAAGAGGAAGAUCUUGCAGCAUUAAGACAUGAAAUAGAACUUCGAAUGAGGAAAAAUGUGAAAGAAGGUUGUACAGUUAGCCCUGAGACUAUAUCCUUAAAUGUGAAAGGCCCUGGAUUACAGAGGAUGGUGCUCGUCGACUUACCAGGUGUGAUAAAUACUGUCACAUCAGGCAUGGCUCCUGACACAAAGGAAACUAUUUUCAGUAUCAGCAAAGCUUACAUGCAGAAUCCUAACGCCAUCAUACUGUGUAUUCAAGAUGGAUCUGUGGAUGCUGAACGCAGUAUUGUUACAGACUUAGUCAGUCAAAUGGAUCCUCAUGGAAGAAGAACCAUAUUUGUUUUGACCAAAGUAGACCUGGCAGAGAAAAAUGUAGCUAGUCCAAGCAGGAUUCAACAGAUAAUUGAAGGAAAGCUCUUCCCAAUGAAAGCUCUGGGCUAUUUUGCUGUUGUAACAGGAAAAGGUAUGCAAGAUGGAUUGGCUAUUCUCAUAACACACACGUGCAUUCUCCAAGUUAGUGGUAGUAUUAUUGUCCCUUUACCGUUUGAAUAUAUUUUAGCUCUUGUUUGUUUCAAUAGGACAAGUAUGCUAAAGGCACACCAAGUGACUACAAGAAAUUUAAGCCUUGCUGUAUCAGACUGCUUUUGGAAAAUGGUACGAGAGUCAGUUGAACAACAGGCUGAUAGUUUUAAGGCAACACGUUUUAACCUUGAAACUGAGUGGAAGAAUAACUAUCCUCGCCUGCGAGAACUUGAUCGGAAUGAACUAUUUGAAAAAGCUAAAAAUGAAAUCCUUGAUGAAGUUAUCAGUUUGAGCCAGGUUACACCGAAACAUUGGGAGGAAAUCCUUCAACAGUCUUUGUGGGAAAGAGUAUCAACUCAUGUGAUUGAAAACAUCUAUCUUCCAGCUGCACAAACCAUGAAUUCAGGAACUUUUAAUACCACAGUGGAUAUCAAGCUUAAACAGUGGACUGAUAAACAGCUUCCAAAUAAAGCAGUAGAGGUUGCUUGGGAGACCCUACAGGAAGAAUUUUCCCGCUUCAUGACAGAACCCAAGGGAAAAGAACAUGAUGACAUAUUUGAUAAACUUAAAGAGGCUGUAAAAGAAGAAAGUAUUAAACGCCACAAGUGGAAUGAUUUUGCAGAAGAUAGUUUGAGGGUGAUUCAGCACAAUGCCUUAGAAGACAGGUCCAUUUCUGAUAAGCAACAGUGGGAUGCAGCUAUUUAUUUUAUGGAAGAAGCUCUUCAGGCUCGUCUCAAGGAUACUGAAAAUGCAAUUGAAAACAUGAUAGGCCCAGACUGGAGAAAAAGGUGGAUAUACUGGAAAAAUCGGACCCAAGAACAGUCUGUUCACAAUGAAACAAAGAAUGAAUUGGAGAAGAUGUUGAAAUGUAAUGAGGAACACCCAGCUUAUUUGGCAAGUGAUGAGAUAACCACCGUCCGAAAGAACCUGGAAUCCCGAGGAGUAGAAGUAGAUCCAAGCUUGAUUAAAGAUACUUGGCAUCAAGUUUAUAGAAGACAUUUCUUAAAAACAGCUCUAAAUCAUUGUAACCUUUGUCGAAGAGGCUUUUAUUAUUACCAAAGGCAUUUUGUAGAUUCUGAGCUGGAAUGCAAUGAUGUGGUCUUAUUUUGGCGAAUACAGCGCAUGCUUGCUAUCACUGCAAAUACUCUACGACAACAACUUACAAAUACUGAAGUUAGGCGAUUAGAGAAAAACGUUAAAGAGGUAUUGGAAGAUUUUGCUGAAGACAAUGAGAAGAAAGUUAAAUUGCUGACUGGCAAACGAGUUCAACUGGCAGAAGACCUCAAGAAAGUUAGAGAAAUUCAAGAAAAACUUGACGCUUUCAUUGAAGCUCUUCAUCAGGAGAAGUAAAAUGUAUUAAAAUUCUACUCACAAUGUAAUCGCCUCUACGUACGUCUAGAGAAAGAAAACUUCAAAGUCUUUUGUCCUGCCUCUUUUUCUUCUGCUAUUCCACCUUUCUACCCAUACAAUAAAGUCAUAGGAUACAAAUAAUUUAUGUGCGUUACAGGCACUUUUACCAUCAGCUGCCUUGAAUGAAAAAACAGUGGAAAUGGCAUUGACAUCCUAUUCAGUUGUUCUGGAGUGACAAAUUGGGAUUAUAAGAUUGGUGUUGCCAUUAGGUAAACUCCUUGAAGAUAAGAAACUUGCUCUCUGCUGUUGUCUUAUUUGUGGUGGCACUAAAUUUAUUAACAUAUGUUACUCACUGUCAAGUUUCUUUUCCAGGAAUGUAAUGCUAGUUGUUUUGGAAUAAAACAUAGCAAUUUUUAAGAAGUUAUCAAUUGUAUAUAAAAUGAUGGUAGCCUGCUAAGUCAUUGUCUGUAUCUUUAAUGUUCUAUAUCCAGGAACUAUUUGAGCGUGAUAAUUCAAUUUAUAUUCACCACAUGAAAGAAAACUGGGUAACAGAAGAAUCCCUUGGAUAAGUUAAUUUGGAUUAUAAUAAUUCAGUGUAUAUUCAUUGAAAGGAACCUCAACUCUUCAUUGCUAGACAAGAAGUUAGCCUUGGAAGUUGUCAGUAGCAGCUUACCUUCAGUUGCUAUUUUUACACUCCCUAUAUCCAUUUGAAAUUAAUUCAUUUUGAAUAUUGUAUAUUUAAGUUAGACUUCCUGUUAACAGUGGUUUCUUUUUCCUAUUGACAGAGCCAUUGGAUUAUGACAAAUGAUGAAAAAGAUGAAGAAUAAUCAAUUGACUAAUUUUAUUUAGAAUAUUGUCAAACAUUUGAACUAGGAAUCAGGAAAAGACUUUCUUUCAUAUGAGUUUUUUCUUUUUUUUCUCUCAGUACUGGGGAUCAAACCCAUGGCGUUGCAUGUACCAAGCAAAUGCUAUACUCUUAGCUACACUCCCAGGGCCUCCAUAUACUAUUUUUAAAACUUUCAACAAUUAGAAUGAUGUUGACCAUUCCCUCUCUCAGCUGAAAAUUUAAAGAAAAUUUUAAAGUUUAAUUCUUUGCAGUUCAGUUAUAAUAAUACCCUCACAACAUUUUCUUGUGUUUUGUGUAAUUUUUAUUGGUUAAAGGGCUUUAAAGCAAAUAUGCCAUUUUUUUUUACUUAAAAUGUCUUUCUCAUUUGCUACCUUUUUAAGUCUUUAUUAUGCUAAUAAAAAUGCCCAUUGUAUAACAGUUUUUAUUCUAUAGUUUUAUGUUUUCUUGGAAUUGUUAUAAUUCCCUUGUUGAUAACAAUUUCUUUGCCCAAUUCCCACUUUUUCUUUUUAAUCAGGAAAAAAUGAUAACCCCUCAAGAUAUGACACCUCAUAUACAGAGUUGGAGAAUAUCACAAAAUAUUUCAGAAACUAGAAAUUCCGUGAAUAUUUGCUUUACACUGUUUGAUAAGAAAAGUAGAUCCAAUUUUUAGCAGCUAACAGCAGUAUACAUAUUGUUAUUUUGCAGAUGAGUAGUCAAAAAAACAUUUUGUGUUUUUUGGGGGGUCUAUGGACAGUGGUCAGCAGAAAGGGAGUGAACUUUGUGAUGUUCUAUACAAGGAUUAGGAGAUGGCUUCACUGCUUGAACACUCUAGCUAGCCUCUACCUCUACUACUACCUAUAGCUACAAUAGGUAGGUAACCCCUCACUGAAGCAGACAUCUUGCAAUGGUAAUAUUCAUGAAGUUGUAAAACACUCCUUACAACUACACACCUAUUUCUUUAAAAAGAAAGAAAGAAAUAGGACCAUAUUUGUUACUGUGAACUUUAGAGGGGGAAAAAAAAUGCCCUCGUGUUAGGCAGUAAUUUUUAUCACUUCCAUGUGUAUAAAUUUUAAAAAUGGUGGUGGGGACAAAGAGACGGCUUCUUUGAGGAGAGCAAUAUUAUAACUUAAAUAUGUUAAGUAGAUCAUAAAAACUUAUUAUCAACAGUCCCAUAUGAAUACUGACAUUCUUCCUAUCUGUCCCCUUCAUUAAAAUUGACUUCUUUCAUGGUUUUUUCUUUUCUUUUUUAUUUUAGCUGAUCUCACACUAAAUAUGCUUCCCCCGCCCUCAAAAAACAGGUAUUUAUUAAAUGCAGAUGCUGUGAAGAGAAAAAAAUAAAAUUCAGUCUUAACAGUAAAUCUUGUGUGUUGUGUCUAUAGUUCAAAAAUUAAAAAUGAUUGAAAUUCAAGGUAAAAAAAUAAUUUCAGAUAUUCAAUAUGCAGAAGUGAAGACAAAUAGGACAAGAAAUCAUUUGUUUGAUGUCAGGAUUUUCAAAAAAUGGGGAGAAUACAGCUUUGUAUGGAGGCUGAAGAAUUUUGAACAGAUGAUAGCCAAAAUUAGUUGGACAGGGUGUUAAUCAGUGUGUAUAGGUGAAGCAAGUGGUGCAGCUCUUGCUCUUCACUGUCAAAUUGACUGUGGCCAUAGUCACAGGCAGAGCAGUCAGCCUAUCUUGUCAUUUAAUUAAAUUCUCUUUGUGUUACCCUGCUUUCCAGGCUUUAUUCAGAAGGACUCCUUCACAUAAAUUAUUUAGUGACCAAAUGUGAACCAAUAAUGUAAAAGUGAGUAGGAAAUAUUGUGGAGAGUUUUGCUUCCUAAUGUUACAAUUUGGGAAUUUCAUAUACAAGAUUCAGUGUAUGAGUUUUAAAGAUGAAUUCCUUAGCUAGUUAAUAAUUUUGUAUGUAUUUAUUUUAGAUAUAUUUACCUGAAAAAACAAACUUGGUGUUUUCUCUUCAAUAAAUGGGAUCAUAGUAAUGGUCUUUAUCUCAAUUUUCAAGUCUGAUAUGUAUUUUACUUUCAGAUAUAUUAGCAUUAUGGAAAUAUGCUUUAAAAUGUGUUCACCUUUUGAAUGAUCAUGGCGAUGUGUUAUUUAAAUAUUUAAAGCUUGUUUUUCACUUGUGCACUGUGAAUGAACUUUGUAUUAUUUUUUAAAAACCUCAUACUACAUGUGUAGAUGUUAUUGCAACUUAUAUUUUGCCUGUGCUUGAUCUAAGGUCAUUUGUGUAGAUAAGUAAUUAAAAGAUAAUUAAAUCACAUUAUAAUUUUA